CAACUUUUUGUAUUAUAUACAAGAAGCCAAGCUUCAUUGCAAAUCAUAUGCCUUUGUCACUUAGCUGAGCUUUCUUCUACUUAAGCUCAUUCAAAUGAAGAUGUAUCCAAAACUCCAUUAUUUUCUUCCCUUGCUAGCUCUAGCAACCUCUGCCUUUUUUCAUCUCUCUUUUGGUAGAAACCAAAAUGACCCACUUGCCAUUUCUCAUCAUCAUCAAGAUGAGAAUGAGUUUCCAACCCUGCUCGAGUCUGACAUCAAUCCCAACACUCUUGGACCUGUUUCGAGGCUUAGCCAUGGAAGCUCUCAUCGGUUUUCGCCUCAGGUCUUCAAUGUAGAUGAUUUUGGAGCCAAGGGUGAUGGAACAGAUGAUAGAAAGGCAUUUAAGAAGACUUGGAAGAGGGCUUGUAAAUCCCAAGGGGGUGUGUUUUUGGUCCCAAAGAAUCGAACUUAUUACCUUAGACCAAUGAACUUUACAGGUCCUUGCAAAUCUUCUCAGCUUACAUUAAAGAUUGCUGGAACAAUCAAAGCUUCUUCUCAAAGAAGAGACUACAGAAAAGAUAGGUGGCAUUGGCUUGUGUUUGUUGGUGUGGAGAACAUGAAGGUUGAAGGUGGUGGAACUUUUGAUGGUAAGGGAAAGAUAUGGUGGGAAAACUCUUGCAAAGUCAACAAAUCCCUUCCUUGUGUUCGCGCACCACAUGCUGUAACUUUCUUUGAUUGUAAGAAUCUAAUAGUGACCAAUCUGAGAUUCAAAGAUGCACAAAAAUUCCAUCUUUUCUUUGAUGCAUGUGUGAAUGUCAAAGUUGACAAUCUUUUAGUAACUGCCCCAAGGCACAGUCCAAACACAGAUGGAAUUCACAUGCAACGCACACAGAAUAUUCAGUUGAGUAACUGUGUUAUCAAAACAGGUGAUGACUGUAUCUCUAUCAUAAAUGGGACAACCAAUGUUAGGGUGACAGAUAUAACUUGUGGCCCAGGUCAUGGAAUAAGCAUUGGUAGCUUAGGACCUAAAAAUACAGAAGCUCAAGUCUCCAAUGUGCUGGUGGAUAGAGUAACAAUUUCAGGAACUACUAAUGGAGUCAGAAUAAAGAGUUGGCAGUUUUUUCAGGUUGGUUUGGGCGGUUUAUUCGGGUUGAUUUGGGCGGUUUAUUCGGGUUGGACGGGUUGUAAAAAUUUCUGCACAACCCUACUUCUUAUUAGGCACGUACAUAACAAUUGUUAUAGUUUUUUAGUCAACAAAUAUUAUGGAGUUAAACUUCCUAUUUAAUUUUAACGUUGAUAAUAUAGCCCUUUGGAAGUGGUGACCCAUAGGAAGUAGUCUCUCGUCGGCUAUACUGGAAACGACGGUGACUCCAUACCUUGAUAAAUGGAUUGUUCUCGGGUUCCAAACCCCUUAACAAUCUCCAGGGUAUACGGAGAGUCUGAUUAAAUUGAAUAAGACCGAUCUGAUUACAUUCAAAGUACAAAAUAUUUAUAUAUAAAUAUAUAUGUAUAUAUAUUCAAAAUUUCAACUAAAAGAAGAUGGAAAGCAUUCACCUUUAUUAUGUUCUUUCUUUUUUACUAGAUUUUUCAUCCAAAGUAGAAAGAGCUUUUUGAAAAGUUGGUAGAAAAAGUUUGAGAAAAUAAUUAAAGUUUGCGCACAUUUAGGCUUGAUAUGGGCACACUAAAUUAAUAUUGGAAGAUAAAAGGCUAGAAAACAUUUGUUCCAAUACUUACUUCCUCAUUUUGUUUUUCUUUUGACUUAGUUGUGAAAUUUGCAUAUGACCUAACCACUUAUAUUUUGACCCAACAAACAUUAUAUAUUGUCCAC